AUGGAUACUACCGAAUUGGAGCAUGUGCGCGGGGUUUGGGAGCGAACCAAAAAUGACAGCCCUAUCUAUCGCCUUCUUCUACCCGAUGUUGAUAUUAUUAGUGCAACUCGUGGCCAGAUGCAGGCCCGACUUAAGCUCACAGCGGAACAUGUCAAUUCCAGGGGUACCAUUCACGGGGCUGUCUCUGCCGCCAUCAUCGAUUGGGCUGGGGGCAUGUCGAUAGCCACACAUGGAUAUGAGAGAACAGGUGCAAGCAUUGAUAUUCACGUUACGUAUCUGUCAACUGCCACCGUCGGAGAUACCCUGGAUAUUUCUGCCGUUGCUGAUCGGGUGGGGAAGUCAAUGGCCUUCACGUCCGUCAAAAUUUCCCGAGUCGUCGACGAUGAAGUGGGUCCCUUGGUUUCGAAGGGUUCGCACACAAAGUUCCUGCCUGUCUCCAAGGAGAAUCGUGAACCUAAGAGCUGA